AUGACCGACACACUUCUGGAGGCUACAACGAACCCUUGUCAAUCAACCGAUGCUUCUCUUUCGACGGCUCCGAAGGCAAACAAGAAGGUCAAAAUCAACCGCAUCAAACUGUCAGAAACGCCAAAAGCCUUACCUGAAACCAAGCUGUGUGAAAGACUGCAACUCAUAGACGACGACCAGCAGCCGCUUCGCAUAGGCUUCGGCUCGGAAAACAUAGAGGUGCCAAAGUUGUGUAAAAAACUUCUUCGUCGGCGAUCGAUCUCUUAA